GCGAACUGUACGUAGAGGAUCUAGGUGAGAGGAGGAUCGUAUCCAUUAGAAUGGGAUGGCUCUGGGUCGAGGGUACUCCCAGGCUCCCGUUGAGGGCGUUGAACCUACGACAGGCAGCACCCAGCCUCUGUCAACCACACGCGUUGGCUCUUGGCUUCACGCUCAGCAACUCGCAGGAUCACACCCUUGCCACUUUUUGGGCAGAUUCGGAGCCCGUCUAUUGGUCGUGGGUGAGAGCAAUCGCGGCAGAACUGGUCAGGCAAACGCCAUUCCGAGCUCAACGCUGUCUAAACUUCUUAGAGAUCCUGACAAUUUGUCCGAGGGGGCCCGUGCCAUUACCGGACAGCCCCACGGAAUCUAGAAGACGUUCCAGAAGCGAGUUACGCUGCUGGCCUGGUGACUCUCCCACGGAGAAAGACCCGAGAACAAGCACGACGAUCCUGGAAGAAUCCAGAAGAAGAGCGAGGAGCGAAUUACGGGGUUGGUCGAGCAGCAACUCGAGCGACGAUGACCUCUUAGGCGACUUUCGAAGUAUUCCAACGAUAAUAACAAAGGACCAACCGAUGACCAGGACCUGGGGCUGCAGCGAGAGUAGCGAAGGAAGCGACGACAGCCUUCCCUGGAGCGGAGUCUGUCGUUCCAGCGUGGAUUCCGUAGACUCUGCCGUGUCUAUCCCCGAGCCAGAGACCAGAGAGCAGAGAAUUCAGAGGUACAAAGAAGCUAGGAGACGAGAGAACGAAGCUCGAAGCAGAAGGGUAUUGGAAGAAGACGCCAGGAGACGAAAGGCUAGAGCCGAAGAGAACAACAACGACAUCCUCAAGACGUACGGCUCGAGCAGAUCAAGGAGCAGGUUCUAUUCCGGCAACGACAACGACAGUUACUGUCUAACACCAACGAAGAAGGAUCGCGACAACAAUGGCUACGAGACAUCUAGGCUGAAGAACGAGAAGAACAUCGUCAGCAGAUUGCCCCCGGUGAAACCCAACGAGUCGUCGUUGGUUAGAUUCGAAGACGAUCACAGGAACGAGGACGACAAGAGGAACAACAACAGUCCUAGAAACGGUAACGCCAGUCUUGGAAUACUUAGAACCGACAUGACGGAGAGAAGAAGUCGCGCGCGAGAAAGGAGAAGCAUGAGAGAGAAGGGCCAAUUGCUCCAAACGCAGCAAUUCAGCAAUACCGCCGUUGAGACGCUUCAGGAACGUAAGGAACGACUGGCCCAAUUAUCCUCGAGGAUUCCCGUGCCUCGACAAACGUCGCAGAACUCGAAACUCGCGGAGAAUUGCAAUUCAACGGCUCUGCCCAGGUCGUCCACCUCUCUGUCGGUCGUGACGGAGCCACCGUGCGAGGAAGACGUGGCCAGAUUGCUGGAACGGUGUCAGAGGGUGGACCAUUACGUGCCAGUGCGAGAGAAACUGACUUUGUUCGAGUCUCUGAGCAGGCUAGGUGGUCGACUGGCUAGGAGCACGGAGGAUCUUGGUCGAUCGUCCUCAAAACCGAGCCCCAGAGGGAAACAACGCGCCAGAUCGCUUCACGAUCUCAACAGAGGGGCCAGGGCCGUUCCAGUCCGGGAGAUGUGCCGAUUCUUCGAGGGAGAUAUCGAACAGGAUCAGAAUCAGAAGACUUCUCUUGCCAAAACGAGGUUCAGUGACCCUGUGACGCCUACCAGGAGCACGUGGAAGGAUUCUGCGAGUUCCAAAGGCAACGAAGCGCCUUGCAUAAGAUCGUCCACGAGGAAGAAACAUUAUCUGAAGUAACCGGAGCGUCGGGGAUUCAAUUUGCUGAUCCUAUAUAGUCCUUUUGCGCAAUGAUUUGAUAACUGAUAAUAUUAGCGAAUUGGCAAAUGGAUUUUUCCCCUUCGCAGUCUUCCAAUUUCAAGUUAUAUCGAAACUGUCAAGUGAUUGGUGAUUCAAUCGACCAUUAGUUUUUUUUUUUUUCUUUACAUUU